GCAUUCUCUGCCGCCUCUGCUCCUUCCCCAUUGCUGAAAGCUCAGUGGCAUCCAUCCAUUGUCGAGGUCGAUCAAGGCACUCCAGCCGGCGGCCAUGGAGAUGCAACAUCUCGACGACGACUACUCUCCGGCCAAGCUUGCCAGCCUUGCUCUUGCACCCAGCGAAGGCCGUACGGACUCGCAGGAAGGCCGGUGGAGACCGCCGGAGAAGCCGGUCGUUGAGGACUGGCGUGCGAUCAACUCGAGGAGGAACGCCAAGUGGUGGUACGCCGCCUUCCACAAUGUCACCGCCAUGGUCGGCGCCGGCGUGCUUAGCCUUCCCUUCGCCAUGUCCGAGCUCGGCUGGGGAGUUGGCAUCACGGUGCUGGUCCUGUCAUGGAUCAUCACGGUGUACACGCUGUGGCAAAUGGUGGAGAUGCACGAGAUGGUGCCAGGGAAGCGUUUCGACCGGUACCACGAGCUCGGGCAGUACGCGUUCGGCGAGAAGCUGGGGCUCUGGAUCGUGGUGCCGCAGCAGCUGGUGGUGGAGGUGGGCCUGAACAUCGUGUACAUGGUCACCGGCGGCCAGUCCCUGAAGAAGUUCCACGACAUGGUCUGCCAUGACAGGUGCAAGAGCAUCAAGCUCCCCUAUUUCAUCAUGAUCUUCGCCUCCGUCCAGUUCGUGCUCUCCCAGCUCCCAAACUUCCACUCCAUCUCCAGCAUCUCCCUCGUCGCGGCCGUCAUGUCAGUCAGUUACUCGGCGAUUGCGUGGAUCGCGUCAGCAGAUCAUCACAAGAAAAAUUCAGCAGAGGUGGACUACAACCUGCGUGCUACGACGACACCCGGGAAGGUGUUCGACUUCUUGGGGGGACUGGGGGAUGUUGCGUUCACAUAUGCGGGGCACAACGUUGUGCUUGAGAUCCAGGCCACCAUCCCGUCGACACCGGACAAGCCAUCCAAGAAGCCCAUGUGGAAGGGUGUUGUCGUCGCCUACAUCAUCAUCGCCGCAUGCUACUUUCCCGUUGCGCUCGUCGGAUAUUGGGCCUUUGGCAACCAAGUUGAUGAGAACAUCCUCAUCACCCUAAACAAACCAAAGUGGCUCAUCGCCCUCGCCAACAUGAUGGUCGUCGUCCAUGUUGUUGGCAGCUACCAGGUCUAUGCAAUGCCGGUAUUCGACAUGAUAGAGACGGUGCUGGUGAAGAAGUUUUGGUUCACUCCAAACCUGAGGCUCCGUCUGAUUGCCCGGACUGUCUAUGUUGCGUUCACAAUGUUCAUAGCCAUGACCUUCCCCUUCUUCAGUGAAUUGCUCAGUUUCUUCGGUGGAUUCGCCUACGCACCAACAACUUAUUUCGUAAGCUCCUGUGAUUUAGAUCCAUUUACCCAAAAAAAUUUCUUCUACAUAAUGUGCAAUAGUUCUCUGCAAUGGCUGUCAUAUAUAAUCACGUUCAGAAUUUUAACAUCUGAACUGACCAAAUCGUACUUGCUAUGGCCAGCUUCCCUGCAUCAUCUGGCUCAUAAUCUGCAAGCCCAAAAGGUUCAGCCUGUCAUGGUUCGCCAACUGGACGUGCAUUUUUAUUGGAGUGCCGCUGAUGAUACUGGCACCGAUUGGAGGUCUCCGGCAGAUCAUUCUAAAAGUCAAGACAUACAAAUUCUACCAAGACUACCAGCCAGACGCUCAGCAUAUCUCAGGCCAUCGUUAGCUAAAACAAGUUCUGAAUUUUGUACCAUAGAAUUCCCAUUUUUUUUAUUUUGGCAUGACAAGGAAAAUUGACAUUAUGCGGCGUAGUUUGCUCUUGCAUAUGUGGAACCGACAGCGCCCAAUGCGUGAGUUUUCUGCCGUGCCAAAAAAUUGUGGUAGUAUCACUAAUGAUGGUCAAAUUCAGGGCUCGUUCGAGCUCAUGAUCAUCCAGUGAAAUUCUCACAUGUGUUCUGGUCCAUGUGUUGGGUUAUAAAUUAUUUCCUUUUUUUAAUAUA